AUGAGUGGUGACGAAAAUAAUCCCCAUUCUGGCGAUUCUUCGCGCAAACGUAGUGGUUCGGCACUUCACAUGGGCCCACGUAAAAAAGCUGCCUCAUCAAACCCCCUCGUUCUCCAUGGGCGACACUUUGGUCGGAUGGUAUUUGCACUAUGCAAUUAUCCUUCUCUCCUGACUGGAGGCAUUCUUCGACUCGAAGAAUUGCAGGAUUCUUCAAUAGAAGAUUAUCCAGCCGAGGUAUUUGUGGAGCUUGUAGACUCCUAUCCUAGUCUUCUAGAACGUCUCACAAUCGGCGAGGAGGAGGAUGUUAUCCAUGUCGGAGAACUGAUUGGCAAAGGAGCCUCCAGUGCGCGAGGUGACGACACGAAGACCCUCAAAUCUGCUGUCCUCGAAUGGCUUAUGCCCAGAGGACAGCCACUCAUACCGCCCCUCUCGCGAAAUGUCAAAUCUGACCACGGUUUCAAUCAUGAAGUGACCGGUGCGUUGCUCUGCCCCGCAGGCCUUGACUGGUCAAAUGCCGAAACUAAGGCGAGUCUUAAAAGCGGCGAAACAGCGGUCCGUGGCGACCAGUGGCCUAUGUUUCUAUAUGCUAGGUAUGUCUAUGAUCCUGAAACUCCAUGGCAGGGUCUAUUGAGGAGCGACAUACUUAUCUAUGGUUUCAAACAUGUGUUUACCUCUCCGAGUUCCAUGGAAAAGGAACCGAAAGCUACGCGCUCCGGUAACGCAUACCUCCAUGGGAUGAAAUCCGUGACGAAAGGAUCCCUGGCUUACAUUGCCACACAGGUUCGGUUUUCAUUGAGUUCUUCGUCUGUAUUUUCCCGCACGGACACUGUUACGGACUCGGAAAACUUUUAUCACAGCAUUCUCGACCUGUUGGAGGAUCCAGACGAAAAUGAGGAAGUAGCUGACCUCAUGACUUGGUGGACACGUCGCAUUUUCCCUAAUUCCUCCUCUUCACACGCGCUAUCCAAAAUUCGGGAGAAACGCGCUGCCCUUCGAGCACUGGCCAAUGCUAGCGCUAAUUAA